AAAUAAAUAUCUUCCUUCAGUAGAUGAAAAUGAAAAUACAGAAGAAAGAGAAGCAGUUGUCAAAUUUUAAAGUUCUGAAUCACUCUCCAAUGUCUGAUACCUCUGUCAAUUUUGACUACAAAUCUCCAUCCCCAUUUGACUGCAGCACUGAUCAGGAAGAGAAGAUUGAAGAUGUUACUAGUCACUGUCUGCCCCAGAAGGACCUGUAUGCUGCUGAAGAGGAAGCUGCUACCCUUUUUCCUAGGAAAACGACAUCCCAUAAUGGGAUGGAGGACAGUGGAGGAGGAGGUACUGGAGUGAAGAAAAAACGGAAGAAAAAGGAGCCAGGAGAGCAAGAGGGUGCAGCAAAGGGAAGCAAAGACAGAGAGCCCAAGCCAAAGAGGAAGCGAGAACCUAAAGAACCAAAGGAAACCAGGAAGGCCAAGGAGCCAAGGAAGGCCAAGGAGCCCAAGGAGCUGAAGCAGAAGGAUGGCGCCAAGAAGACGAGGAAGCCACGGGAGGCCUCAGGCACCAAGGAGGCCAAAGAGAAGAGGAGCUGCACUGAUUCUACAGCCAGGACAAAGUCCAAGAAGGCCAGCAAGGAGCAAGGACCAACCCCAGUGGAGAAAAAGAAGAAAGGAAAAAGGAAAAGUGAAACCACCUUGGAGAGUUUAGAGCUGGAUCAGGGCCUGCCAAACUCAUCCCUGCGGAGUCCUGAGGAGUCCACUGAGUCUGCAGACAGCCAGAAACGACGCUCAGGGCGGCAGGUGAAGCGCAGAAAAUACAACGAGGACCUGGACUUCAAAGUGGUGGAUGAUGAUGGGGAAACGAUCGCUGUUCUUGGAGCUGGAAGAACAUCUGCGCUCUCAGCUUCCACGUUGGCUUGGCAGGCGGAGGAGCCUCCAGAAGAUGAUGCAAACAUCAUUGAGAAGAUCCUGGCAUCUAAGACAGUCCAGGAGGUUCACCCAGGAGAACCUCCAUUCGACUUGGAGCUGUUCUACGUUAAGUAUAGAAAUUUUUCCUACUUACAUUGUAAAUGGGCCACAAUGGAAGAACUUGAAAAGGAUCCUCGUAUCGCACAGAAGAUCAAGCGAUUUAGGAAUAAACAAGCCCAGAUGAAGCACAUUUUUACUGAGCCUGAUGAAGACUUGUUUAAUCCUGACUAUAUAGAAGUUGAUCGCAUCUUGGAGGUGGCCCACACCAAGGAUGCAGAGACAGGGGAGGAGGUGACUCAUUACCUGGUGAAAUGGUGCUCACUACCAUAUGAGGAAAGCACAUGGGAGCUGGAAGAAGACGUGGACCCUGCAAAGGUUAAAGAAUUUGAGUCUCUGCAAGUUCUCCCUGAAAUUAAACACGUGGAGAGGCCUGCCUCAGACUCCUGGCAGAAACUCGAGAAGUCUCGCGAAUAUAAGAAUAGUAACCAGCUCCGGGAGUACCAGCUGGAGGGGAUGAACUGGCUUCUUUUUAAUUGGUAUAACAGGAAAAACUGUAUUUUGGCUGAUGAGAUGGGCCUAGGGAAAACCAUCCAGUCCAUCACAUUCCUUUCAGAAAUAUUCUUCAGGGGAAUCCACGGCCCUUUUCUCAUCAUCGCCCCUCUCUCCACCAUCACUAACUGGGAGAGGGAGUUCCGGACGUGGACGGAGAUGAAUGCCAUUGUAUACCAUGGCAGCCAGAUCAGCAGGCAGAUGAUCCAGCAAUAUGAAAUGGUGUACAGAGAUGCACAGGGAAACCCCCUUUCAGGAGUCUUCAAGUUCCAUGUCGUCAUCACAACAUUUGAGAUGAUCCUGGCAGAUUGUCCAGAGCUGAAGAAGAUUCACUGGAGCUGUGUGAUAAUUGAUGAAGCUCACAGAUUGAAGAAUAGGAACUGCAAACUCCUGGAGGGUCUAAAGCUCAUGGCCCUGGAACAUAAGGUGCUGCUCACUGGAACACCCUUGCAGAACUCUGUGGAGGAACUCUUCAGUUUGCUAAAUUUUUUGGAGCCAUCACAGUUUCCUUCAGAGACUGCUUUCUUGGAGGAGUUUGGAGAUCUGAAAACAGAAGAACAGGUAAAGAAACUGCAAUCUAUCCUAAAACCAAUGAUGCUUCGGCGGCUGAAAGAUGACGUGGAAAAGAACCUUGCUCCCAAACAAGAGACGAUCAUUGAAGUGGAACUGACCAAUAUCCAGAAAAAAUACUACCGUGCCAUCCUGGAGAAGAAUUUUUCCUUCCUGACCAAGGGGGCAAAUCAGCACAACAUGCCCAAUCUCAUCAAUACCAUGAUGGAGCUGAGGAAAUGCUGUAACCAUCCCUACCUGAUCAAUGGGGCGGAGGAGAAAAUUCUGGAAGAUUUUCGAAAAACCCACAGCCCUGAUGCCCCUGACUUUCAGCUGCAGGCCAUGAUUCAGGCAGCAGGGAAGCUGGUGCUGAUUGAUAAACUACUCCCUAAGCUGAUUGCAGGUGGCCACAAAGUACUCAUCUUCUCGCAGAUGGUGCGCUGCCUCGAUAUCCUGGAAGAUUAUCUCAUCCAAAGAAGAUACACCUAUGAGCGAAUUGAUGGGCGAGUACGGGGAAACCUGCGCCAGGCAGCCAUCGACCGGUUCUGUAAGCCAGACUCAGACCGCUUUGUCUUUCUUCUGUGCACCAGAGCGGGAGGCCUGGGGAUCAAUCUCACAGCUGCUGAUACCUGCAUCAUAUUUGAUUCUGACUGGAACCCACAAAAUGACUUGCAGGCUCAGGCCCGAUGUCACCGCAUAGGCCAGAGCAAAGCCGUGAAGGUGUAUCGCCUCAUCACUCGGAACUCCUACGAGAGGGAAAUGUUUGACAAGGCCAGCCUAAAGCUGGGCCUGGACAAGGCUGUUCUUCAGGACAUCAACCGGAAGGGCGGCACCAAUGGGGUACAGCAGCUCUCAAAAAUGGAGGUGGAAGACCUGCUCCGGAAAGGUGCCUAUGGAGCCUUAAUGGACGAGGAAGACGAAGGCUCCAAGUUCUGUGAAGAAGACAUAGACCAGAUUCUGCAGAGGAGAACCCACACCAUCACCAUCCAGUCUGAGGGGAAAGGGUCCACUUUUGCCAAGGCUAGCUUUGUGGCUUCAGGAAACAGAACAGAUAUUUCCUUAGAUGAUCCUAACUUUUGGCAGAAAUGGGCUAAAAUAGCUGAACUAGACACCGAAGCAAAGAAUGAAAAGGAAAGCUUAGUGAUUGACCGACCUCGUGUGAGGAAGCAGACCAAACACUACAACUCGUUUGAGGAGGACGAGCUCAUGGAGUUCUCAGAGUUAGACAGUGACUCAGAUGAAAGGCCCACCAGAUCCAGGCGCCUCAAUGACAAAGCCAGACGCUACCUGCGAGCCGAGUGCUUCCGGGUGGAGAAGAACCUGCUCAUCUUUGGCUGGGGCCGGUGGAAAGACAUCCUUACUCAUGGGCGAUUCAAGUGGCAUCUGAACGAAAAGGACAUGGAGAUGAUUUGCCGUGCCCUGCUAGUGUACUGUGUCAAGCAUUAUAAGGGGGAUGAAAAGAUUAAGAGUUUUAUUUGGGAAUUGAUCACACCUACCAAAGAUGGGCAGGCCCAGACCCUCCAGAACCACUCAGGGUUGUCGGCCCCAGUCCCCAGAGGGAGGAAAGGGAAGAAGACGAAGAACCAGCUGCUGCUCCCAGAGCUAAAGAAUGCAGACUGGCUGGCCACCUGCAACCCUGAAGUGGUCUUACAUGAUGAUGGCUACAAGAAACACCUCAAGCAGCACUGCAACAAGGUACUUUUGCGAGUCCGGAUGCUGUACUACCUAAAAGCUGAAAUACUGGGAGAAGCAGCUGAUAAAGCAUUUGAAGGAACUCCUGCCAGGGAGCUGGACGUGCCUCUGCCCGACAUUGACUAUGUGGAGAUCCCAGUGGAUUGGUGGGAUGCUGAGGCUGAUAAGUCCCUUCUCAUUGGCGUGUUCAAGCAUGGGUAUGAGAGGUACAAUGCCAUGCGAGCAGACCCAGCACUUUGCUUCCUGGAGAAAGUUGGGAUGCCAGAUGAAAAGUCCCUUUCUGCAGAACAGGGUGUUACGGAUGGGACCUCAGACAUUCCUGAAAGAGGCAACAUGGAUAAAGAAGACAACGCUGAGGACAAAUUAGAUGGCCUCAAGAAACAAAAGGAGAGUUCCAGUGAUGGAGGUGAUGGCAUUUUUGGUGAAAAGAAGGAUGACAGCCGGGCAGCCCAGGAUGGCUCCGACCCAGACAGAUCACCUUGGCCAGUUUCGUCGGCUCUCACAGCUCGUCUCAGACGUCUGGUCACUGUUUACCAGCGCUGCAACCGCAAGGAGCUCUGCCGACCUGAAAUUCUGGGACCAGGUAACCAAGGAUACUGGGUUCAGGAAGAGAUGUUCAGGAGAACCUCAGAAAUGGACCUCAUCAACAAGGAAACCCAAAAGAGGUGGACUAGGAGAGAACAAGCAGACUUCUAUAGAACAGUGUCUUCCUUUGGUGUCGUUUAUGAUCAAGAAAAGAAAAUCUUUGACUGGACACAGUUCCGCAUCAUUUCUCGUUUGGACAAGAAGUCAGAUGAGAGCCUGGAGCACUAUUUUUAUAGUUUUGUGGCUAUGUGCCGGAACGUCUGUCGUCUGCCGGCAUGGAAGGAUGGUGGUCCCCCAGAUGCCACCGUCUACAUUGAACCCAUCACUGAGGAACGGGCUGCAAGAACUCUGUACCGCAUUGAACUGUUACGGAAGGUCCGAGAGCAGGUGCUCAAGUGUCCUCAGCUGCAUGAGCGCCUCCAGCUCUGCCGGCCCAGCCUCUACCUCCCAGUGUGGUGGGAAUGUGGGAAGCACGACCGAGACCUGCUCAUUGGCACCGCCAAGCACGGGCUGAACCGCACUGACUGUUACAUCAUGAACGACCCCCAGCUGUCCUUCCUGGACGCCUACAGAAACUAUGCCCAGCAUAAAAGAACUGACACCCAGGCACCAGGAAGUUUCUGUUGCCUUUACCAGACCAACUCCAAACUAUAUGAUUCUCUUACAUAUACUCAAAUGAGUAGGACUUCAGAAUCCCUUGAAAAUGAACCUGAGAAUCUAGUGAAAAUAGAAAGUAGAGAUGAUCCACUUGGUCUGCCUGGCAUGACUUGUGAAAACUUUAUUUCUAAAGUUCAAGAUAUCAUUUCAAUCAACCAUGAUGAAAGUCUGUUGUCUGAGUCCUUGGAGAACAUGAUGUAUGGUAAGAAAGUGCUUAGCCGUGAGCCAGGCUCUUUUCAGGAAAGACGAAGUCCCAACAUAGAAUCCACAAAAGAAGCUGUGGCCACCUCAGCAAGCACAGAUGGGAACUGCCAGUCUGGUGGCCAUGAGGCAGAAAUAGCUUCAGGCCCCUCUCUCAUGGGUAGCUUAGAAGCAGGUUUAGCUCAAAUGAACAUUAGAAGUGGAAAACAUUUGUUGAUGUCUGUGUCAAAGGAAGAGGAGCUCUGCUACAGUGAGGCAGGGCAGAGACUAGAAAGCAUCGGGCAGCUAGAAGCCAGAUGCUUAGCCUCACCUUCCUUGGAUCCAGGGAACGAAAGUGGAUUUGUAGAUAUGUGCAAUCUUAGUGUCUGUGACUCCAAAAGAAACCUGUCUUCAGAUCAGCAAUUAAUUGAUUUAUUAGAAAACAAAAGUUUAGAAAGUACAUUGAUUUUGAGUAAGAACCACAGUGAUGAGGAGGAAGCGGAGGAGAAUGAGGAGGAAAACUUAGCUGUGGCAGCAGGCAUGAGAGAAAGGCCAGAGGUUUUGCAUUUCUUCGAGCCCACCACUAAUAUCCCAAGGCAAAAGAGCCAAGGCUUCCUUGUAGAUGAAGCCAGAAAAGGAAGCCCGGAGGCAGUAGGCCAGACUCCUGGACCUCAGAGGGCUUUUGCUCCAGUAGCCUGUCAGUGCCACUGCAAACACAUGGAGAGGUGGACACGUGGCCUUGAGAGUGACGAAUUUGAAGUGGAUAAAUCCAAGGCUUAUAACUCAGACCCAUACAAAAACAAAGCUAAUAAUAUCACAGUAGAGGCUGAGCCCGCUGCUGUUCCAUCAGAGCCAUAUAAAGUGAAGCAUGAGCUUUUGAAAGAACCUUGGAAAGAAGGUGCAGAGGGGAAAAAAGGUUUCUUCACAUACCCUCCUGAAGGCAGUGAGCUCAAGUCAGAAGACAUGGACUUUGAGAAUAAAGAUGAUUAUGAUAGAGAUGGAAACUGCCAUAGCCAAGAUUAUCCAGGGAAAUACUCUGAAGAGGAGAGCAAGAGCUCCACCUCGGGCAUCACAGGGGACCUCGGUGAUGACCUGCAGGAGGCUCGGGCCCCCACCAUUGCUCAGCUGCUACAGGAGAAAACCCUGUACUCCUUCUCUGAGUGGCCAAAGGAUCGUGUGAUAAUCAACCGCCUGGAUAACAUCUGCCAUGUAGUAUUAAAGGGGAAGUGGCCCGCCAGCCAGCCCUAUGAGCCCUCGGGCACACUGCCUACCCCUGUGUUAGCCAGCAGUGCUGGUUCUCGAAGCAGCCUCACAGAACCAGAAGUGGCACAACACAGCUUCAGCAAUGGCGCAGCACUGGCCUCCCAGAUCCAGAAGGAGAGCUUCUUAGCUCCAAUAUUCACAAAGGACGAACAGAAGCACAGACGUCCCUACGAGUUUGAGGCGGAGAGGGAUGCACAGUUCUCCUCCCAUGGCCACCCCCCCAUCGUCCUCAAUGGCUGGCAUGGGGAGUCUGCUAUAGACCUCUCCUGCUCAUCAGAAGGGUCCCCAGGAGCCACAUCCCCUUUCCCAGUGAGUGCCAGCACCCCUAAGAUUGGGGCUAUCGGUUCACUUCAAGGAGCCCUUGGCAUGGACUUGUCUGGGAUUCUACAAGCAGGCCUCAUCCAUCCAGUGACUGGGCAGAUUGUUAAUGGAAGCCUCAGGAGAGAUGAUGCAGCCACGAGGAGGCGGAGAGGGAGGCGGAAACAUGUUGAAGAAGGGAUGGACCUCAUCUUUUUGAAGGAGCAGACCCUUCAGGCUGGAAUCUUGGAAGUCCAUGAAGAACCAGGGCAGGCCACCCCGAGCACUACACACACUGAAGGGCCAGGGCCUGCUACCCCUGCUGCUGAGCCAGCCGCAGCAGCCGGCAGCCAGGCCGAGAAGGCCAUGCCCAGCAAGAGUCUGCUUGACUGGCUGAGACAGCAGGCCGACUGCUCCUUAGAAGUCCCUGGCUUUGGGGCAAAUUUUUCAGACAAACCAAAGCAGAGGAGGCCACGCUGUAAGGAACCUGGAAAAUUAGACAUCAGCUCUCUGAGUGGGGAAGAGAGGGUUCCUGCUGUCCCCAAGGAGCCAGGACUGAGGGGGUUUCUCCCAGAAAACAAGUUCAAUCACACCCUGGCUGAGCCUGUUCUUCGCGACGUGGGUCCCCGCAGGAGGGGGAGGCGGCCUCGGAAUGAGCUCCUGAAAGCUCCCGCCGUUGUGGCAGACACCCCCUCUGGGAUGGGGCCACUGUUCAUGAAUGGCCUGAUUGCUGGGAUGGACCUGGUGGGACUUCAGAGCAUGAGAAAUGUGCCAGGCAUCCCCCUGACAGGGCUGGUGGGCUUCCCAGCCAGCUUUGCCACCAUGCCCACAGGCGAAGAGGUCAAGAGCACCCUGAGCAUGCUGCCCAUGAUGCUGCCAGGCAUGGCUGCUGUGCCCCAGAUGUUCGGGGUCGGAGGACUCCUCAAUUCACCCAUGGCAACCACCUGUACUUCCUCUGCUGCAGCAUCUCUACCAAGCACAACAAAAAGCAGUACAACAGCAACCGAAAAGACUGUGGAAGACAAGCCGAGCAGCCGUGAUGUGAAAACAGACACUGUAGCUGAAGACAAGCCUGGCCCUAGUCCAUUUUCUGAUCAGUCUGAACCUACAAUGACUACUAGUAGUCCUGUGGCUUUUAACCCGUUCCUCAUCCCAGGAGUGUCUCCUGGACUCAUUUACCCAUCCAUGUUUCUCUCCCCUGGCAUGGGUAUGGCUCUGCCAGCCAUGCAGCAGGCCAGGCACUCUGAAAUAGCAGGCCUGGAGAGCCAGAAGAGGAAGAAGAAGAAAACAAAAGGAGACAACCUGACCCCCACCCCAGAGUCUACUUCUGGGUGCGAGAGGGAGCCAGGCAGUGAUCAGAACUGCAUUGAGUCCAGUGCCCCUUUGCUCCCAGAGAGAGAACAUGUGGCACAGGCUGGGGAAGGUGGACUCAAAGACUCCAACACCAACACCAAUUAGAACUUUUUUCAUUUAAGAAAUUAUUGUGACUUGUAAGUUUCUUAUCCCAUAAAGGUUUGUUACUUCCCUCACUUCACUUCCACGAGAACCUGUGUUUCCAUAAGUAAUAUUACCUACCUAAUUUCCUGUCUGAGAAUAUGGUGACAGAUGUUAAUAGUUGCAGGGUCUUGCCACUUCAUUAGAUAAGUGUCGUCCACCUAGUCUAGGAGGCACACAAUUCUCAUUCUGUUAUCCAGUUCAUUCCAGCAAUUGUUGUUAAUACAGUACUCGGUGACACACCCUACCCCCUUCUCUUCCAAGUUUCCCCUUAUUUGAGGAGGAAAAUGGCAAAGGAAAGCUGUCUAGGGAUUUUCCAUUGAAGGGCCGAAGAACAGAAACAAAGAGGAGCUCUUUUUUUCCAUGAGCUAGGUUGAACAGGAAGAAUGUAACUGGGGAACCAAAAAGCACAGAAAAAGGAAGUACUGACUGGUGCGUAUUUUUGAGUUAAAGUAUUUCCCUAUUUUAUCAUGAUUACUAAGUGAGUAGUAUAGACAAGUAUAUAACUAAUGGUUGAAAAUGCAUAUAUUCAUUUCUUUAUAGAAAACCAAAUCCUUCCUGGUAGUAAGAUAAUUUCUCCCUUCAUGGUUUUUCAGACACCUGCAGCAAAAAGAAAUACUGACUGACUAGGCGUUAUUUUACACAUACGCAUUAUCCCUCUCCCAGUUCAAAGAUGACUCUCUCAGUCAGAAAGCUUUACACACAGCCGAGUUGUUCAGGCAACCAGGCAGGGCAAGGGCUGUCCCUGCAGAGAGCUGCACGCUGCUUCCCAGGCGCAUGGCUAGCGCUCUGCCUUCAGCUCAGCCUUGUCAGAACUUCCCUGGACACUGGUUUGCCUCUCUGUGUUUAAAGGACACCGGGACCCAAUGGAUUUACAGUUUGUGCUCUCCACCAAGAAUAGGCUCUUUCUGGAGCCUGUGAGAAGAUAGUUGCUACACACUUUGACACUGCUAGGUCCUUUGGUCAAGGUUAUUUUAGGUCAUCAAAACGUGUACCACCUUUUAUAAUACAACUGUGAAGUUUUUUUCCCCUCUCUCCAUUAUCUCUCUAUUCUGUUUAUAUCUUACAGUUGGACCCAAAUUCCAAGUUAGCAGUUAGUGGAGACUGUUGUAGUCACCAUUACUCUCUCUCCCUCCUCAGCCUCUCCAUGCGCAGGGACUGAGCUGGGGAGAGCCUGCGGAAACAGCACUUCCCGCUUUCUCUUUCCCGCUCAUCUUAUGUCCCUUCCGGUGGUCUUGGUCUCCGCAGAUAGAUCACACCCUGAGACUUGAAAUGAGCUCACGGCCUCGGUCCUCAGGGGGUUACAGGGCUGCACAGGACCGGACCGCUGGAAAUGUUGCAAGUGUCACUAGUACCAACUUCACUUUCUGUUGUCACAAUUUACUGUACUUUUUACUUUUUCUGUUACAGUUUUGCUAAUUUAUCAGAAGGUCCAAAAGUUCAGCAUAACUAUUUCAGUUUGCAUUAUUUAUUUAUGAUGCUUUUGUCAUUGUCUUUUAUACAUUUGGGAUUAUAAAUUAUGUAAAUGUUAAAGUGAGCAUCUCAAAGAAGUCUGUUAAAUCAUGACUGAAAAAAUCAAUCAGACGUGUUUUCAAAAAGUGGAGUCCCAGUCUUAUGAAUCAGAUAUGAACCAGAAAUUCUACAACUGAUUAUAUAAGGAGAAAGAAUCCAGUAAUUGAACAGAUUCUAUUUAAUGACAUCCUUGUAGCGUAGAUCGUCUCUAAUGUUGACAACAGAUUUCUUAGAAAUGCUGCUCUAUUUAACUAACAUUUUGUUCAGUUUUGCCUCCAGUGGAAGCAGAAAGGGUUUUUUCAGCUAUUAAAUCCUAAAAAUCAAUAUAAUUUAUUUAUGUAAAAAAAAAUCACUCAAUCAAUAUAUUUUUGAACCUUUUAAGUACUAAUUUUCUUUUUAUCAGGUAGAAAAAAAUGUAUUUGCCCUAAAUCCUUAAAAUACAAAUGCUAUAAAAAUUCCUGUAUCUUGAAAGCCUUACUGCAAAUGAGUAUUAUAGACAUCCAGCAGAGUCUGGUUUUCUUUGUUGUCAUUGUGUUGUUGUUGUUUUGUAUGGAAAAGCUGCUUUCCCCAGGUUCCACUUAUAACCUCCAGUAGGUGACAGGGUUCAAUGUGGAUCUCAUUUAAAAACCCAGCAGCAUGCUCAGUCCCUUGUUAUAUCUUACCGAACCUGUAUGUUAACUCUUCUGGGUGUUUAGGCUUCUAUUUGACUGCUGUUGUGACCCUGUUUGCAAAAUGAAAAUGACACUCUGUGGAUUAUUUGCUCUGUAAGGCA